UGGUGGUUUACUAGAUAAACAUCAAAGAAACCUCACUCUCUGGCCUCGUCACUCCCAAGUCCCAACCCGAAGAAGAGAAGAGAAGGAUGGCUGUGGUUUUUCAGUGUUUAUGGUGUGCUCGGAGUGACCCCUUCCUCACUCUUCCUUUCCAACGCAAACCACUUCUUUGCUCUGUCUUUCUUUCCUCUCGCCCUCGUAACCUCUGCUCUUCAAUUGUCGCUGCUGCUUCCAAAAACAAAAACAAGCAAAAAAAGUCUCGUGAUCAUGUUACUAAGGACGAUGAAGAUGGCGUGGACGCUUUUGAGCUGCUCUUCAAGCAACUCGAAGAAGAUCUCAAACGCGGUGAUUUGUCAGACGAUGAUGGUGAGGAUGAGAUAAGUGAAGAAGACAUGGCAUUGCUUGAACGUGAGUUGGAAAAUGCUUUGGGGGACUUUGAUGGUGAAUUGUUAAACUCGGAUGUAAUCGACAUCGAAACUGGCGGUGAUCCAGAAAAUGAUGAUGAUAUUGAGGAUGGUGGAGAUGAAAGGUCACUGAACCUUAGGAAUUGGCAGAUGAAGAAAUUGGCUAGAGCCUUAAAAGCUGGCCGCCGCAAAACAAGUAUAAAAAAUCUUGCUGCCGAUCUUUGUCUUGAUAGGGCUCUUGUUCUUCAAUUGCUUCGUGACCCUCCUCCAAAUCUUUUAAUGAUGAGUCUAUCAAUACCUGAUGAACCCACAACGACUGUAGUAUCACUUGAAACUAAGCCCAGUGAGAUUGUUCAUAAAGAAACAAGUAUUGAUCAUGCAGAAAUAGAAUCUGAACCUAAGGCUAAAGUACCUGUUCAUACCUUGCAACGUAAUUGGCAUGCUCAAAAGCGACUGAAAAAGGCCCAUGUUGACACUUUGGAGAGAGUUUAUAGGAGAUCAAAACGACCCACUAAUGCAAUGAUCAGUAGUAUCGUACAUGUAACAAACAUUCCUCGAAAAAAAGUUGUUAAGUGGUUUGAAGACAAACGUGCUGAGGAGGGAGUUCCAGAUCGCCGUGUUCCUUACCAGCGCUCUGUUCCUGAAACUGCAUGAAGAUUUUAACUUCUUUGAUCUGCUUUUAUAUUGUAGGCUAUGUGAAAAAUGUUACACAAUUGUAUAGUAAGUUACGUUUCACUUUCACCAACCCUAGUCAUGUUUUGAGGGUUUGUUAUGCGAGGAGGUAGAAGUGACAAAAGUGAUAAUUGGUUAUUACACUGGCUAUUGAAAAUGGGACUUCGGUUCCUGGAUACAUGUGCAUUUUUGGUCCUUUGCUUCUUAUCUCAAAUACUAAAUAAGUCGUCAAAGAAGGGGUUCUCUA